AUGUACUUUUACGUACCACCGAAGGCAGGCAUCAUUGGAGGUGGAGGAGGAGGUCCACCACCAGGACCCGUCGACACUGCACCCAAACCGGGUAAUGGUGGAGGUGGUGGUGGACCACCGAAGCCUGGAAAUGGUGGAGGUGGAGGUGGAGGUGGCGGUGGACCACCGAAACCUGGAAAUGGUGGAGGUGGAGGUGGCGGCGGACCACCGAAACCUGGAAAUGGUGGAGCAGGUGGAGGUGGUGGUGCUUGGAACUGA